AUGAGCCAACCAACCACCUUCAAGAAAUACCAAGCAAUCGAGAUUGGUAAUGACUUUCGUAAGGUGACACGCCUCGUCACUGUCAGCUACGACGAUCUCCUUGCAAAGCUCAAGCCGCAUCAAGUCAUUGUCAAGACACUGCACUGGGGUAUCAACGCUUCAGACGUCAACUUCACCAACGGCAAAUAUAUACCCGGUAUCAAGCCUCCUUUCGAUGUUGGAUUCGAAGCCCUUGGACAAAUCGUUGCUGUUGGAAAUAAGGUUACCAAGGAUAAGAUUGGAUCCUAUGUGUUGGUUGCACAAUACGGUGCCUUUGCUGAAUACCUUAUCGCAUCACCACGUGCUCUUGCUACGGUCCCUAAUGCUCGCCCCGAACUUCUUGCACUACAAACAUCAGGUCUUACUUCAUCGCUUGCUUUGGAGCAAACCGGUAGAAUGACUUCGGGAGAGACUGUGUUGGUGACAGCUGCAGCUGGAGGUGCCGGUCAAUUCGCUGUUCAAUUGGCCAAGCUUGCUGGUAAUCACGUGAUUGGUACUUGCAGCAGCGAUGACAAGGUGGCCAUGUUGAAGGACCUCGGCUGUGACAGGGUUAUCAAUUACAAGAAGGAGGAUUUCAAGACCGUUCUAAGAAAGGAAUAUCCAAAGGGUAUCGAUAUUAUUUUUGAAAGUGUUGGUGGCAAAUUCUUUGACAUUUGCUUGAAGAGUCUCGCUACAAAGGGUCGUUUGAUCGUCAUUGGCAUGAUGGCUACAUAUUCAAGCAAGGGUGGUAUGGCUGGUGAUCAGCUGAGCACCAUCCAUUUGCUUGGUCGCUCUCGUACAGUUGCUGGUUUCUUCUUGCCUGAUUACCAAGAACUUUGGGGCGAGCAUAUGACGAGACUAAUCGAGUUGAUCAACCAAGGCAAACUCAAGGUCGAGCUGGAUAAUGGUGGAUUGAAAGGCAUUGAGCAAAUUGUGGAUGCCGUUGAAUACCUGCAGUCAGGAAAGAACCUUGGAAAGGUCGUAGUAUCACUCAACUCAAAUGAUUCUAAGAUCUAA